AUGCACGAGUAUAAAGAUGGGAGAAGGGUCACAUGGAAACUGAAGGGUGUGGAGUGCAGGGAGAAGAUUCUGGCUCUGAGUUGUGGAGAUACCCAUGUUGUUUUACUGUCUGAGGAGGGCAGAUCCCUUUUGAUCUGUCUGUUUCUCUUGUGUUUUCUCAGACCAGUGGGUAACUUGAAUCAGGUCAUUCAAGUUGCAUGUGGAGACCAGCAUUCCAUUGCACUAACCCAAGAUGGUAAAGUGUUCACGUGGGGCCAGAACUCCAGAGGACAGCUGGGUUUGGGGAAGGGAGAGCCCAGCACCUCGUCUCCCCAGCCUGUCAAGUCUCUGUCAGGGAUCCCCCUGGCUCAGAUCACCGCUGGGGGAGACCACAGCUUCGCCCUGACCCUCUCUGGAGCCGUGUUCGGCUGGGGCAAGAACAGCGCCGGGCAGCUGGGACUGGGGGACACAAUAGACAGACCUGCUCCAGCUCCUGUUGAUUGCCUGAAUCUAAAGAAGACCAUUGCUAUUUCCUGUGGAGUGGAGCAUACUGUUGUUCUGACAAAGGGAGGUUUAGUGUUCACAUUUGGCUCGGGUCGAUAUGGACAGCUUGGACACAACUCUCUCAGAAAUGAACUACGACCUCGACUGGUGGCCGAACUCUGGGGGGCAAAGGUGACCCAGAUAGCCUGUGGAAGAAACCACACAUUGGCGUUCGUGGGCUCCUUCAAAAAGAUCUACUCAUUUGGGCAUGGAGAGCAAGGGCAGCUGGGAAAUGGAGUCAAGAUGGAUCAGUCUGUGCCUCUGCCAGUGCAGCUACCACAGGACCACAUUGAUUACCUGCAAAUUGAACAAACCUUUGCUGGAGGAAACCAUUCUUUUGCCUUGUGCAGCUCCGCUAAGGAAUCAGGAAAAGGGUUGAAUGACUCCCGUGUUGAAAAAAUGACUCGAACAUUAGACAAUGACAUCAUUGACAGAUGGAUCUUGCAAUGCGACUCAACAUCAUGGGAGAAAAUACAGAAUAAGGAUCCCAUUGGUGUGGAGGGUCUGAGGGUGUACCUCAUCAUCCCUGAGCUCCUGGGAGUUCUCCUAAAACAACAAUGUGGCAUAGACAUUACUGAGGCCUUUGCUGCUGCCAUCCUCAGACUGAUCCCAGACAAGCUCCAGGUCCUUGAAGAGGAUGACACAUAUUGGAUUGAAAGUGAGAUGAUAUUGAGCAAAAUAAAACGUUAUAAGGAUAACAUAUUCUGCCUCCUGAAGGACUACCCCUGUAUCCUGGACACUGAAGCCAAAUGUACAGUGUGGAUGUAUGCAUUUGAUCAGAUCAAAGAUUGUCAUGAGGACAUCGAAUACGGUUGGCUUAGUGACAAAUCCGUCAAGGUGGACCGGGAAACACUUCUGGAUGAUACCUUUCAGCAACUGCGAAAAAUGACUUGCCACAUGGUGGCUUUAAAGGUGAAGUUUCAAGCAGAGAAUGGUGUGGAUGAAGGUGGUGUUUCACUGGAAUUCUUCAGUCUCCUGGGGAGGGAACUUCUCACAAUGGAACCAAAGACACUGGAGGUUUACGAGUCUGGACUAGCAUGGCUCACAACAGAUGACGGCGGUGUCACUGAUGAAUUCUACUUACUUGGGCUUCUCUGUGGGAAGGCCCUGUUUAAUCAGUGUGUUCUGAACCUCUGCUUCCCUCUGGCUCUCUUCAAGAAGCUUCUGGGUCUGACUACAACAUUGGAUGACCUUAAAGAGCUGUCUCCAACUGAAGCAAGCUGCUUGCAGUAUGUGUUGGAUGAAGAUGAGGAGGUUGUUGAAGCGCUGGAUUUGGUUUUCAUGGACAAAGGGCAAGAACUGAUACCGAAUGGAGAGGAGCUCCCAGUUACCAUGGUCAACAGGAAGAAAUAUGUUGACUUGUACGUUGACAUGAAGCUCAACAAGUCGGUGCAGAUUCAGUUUGCAGACUUUGAGAAAGGCUUCCACGAAGGCUGCCCUAUACAGACAUGGAGGAUGUUUCUACCUGAGGAGCUGAUGACACUUCUACAAGGAGAUGACAACUACGAGUGGGACAAAAUGAGAGAGGUCAAAUUCUACCUGCCCACAGAUGACAUCAUCCAGAACUUCUGGAGUGUUUUCACAGAGUUCUCAGAGGAGCAAAAGAAGAAGUUCCUAACUUUUCUGACUGGAACGGACAGACUGCCCAGAGGUCGAAGUCUCUCCAAACUGCAGAUGCAAAUCACGUCCUUGGGCAGCACUGACGCUGAUGAAUAUUAUCCGAAAGCACAAACGUGCUCUGUGACAUUAUGCCUCCCUAACUACAGCAGUAUCGACACACUACAGGAGAAACUUCUCCAUGCUAUCACCCACUGUGAUGUGUUUGGAGAUGCUUGAAAUGGGAAGCAUGUUACUAGUGUCGUGGC